AUGAAAUUUUUCAAUUUUAUACUGGUUCAACAACAUAUAUCAUUGGUUUCUGCUCAACAAACUAGAACGUUUAGAGUAAUCAUUUAUGAUCACCAUCCAUCAUUAAAUCCAGAUUUUGAAUAUAAUCCUAUAUCACCUGUUCAACGAGGACUUGCUUCGCGAACACUCAAUGCCAAUGGUGUUCCUGACUUUGCCGCCAAUGAUUUAGAUGGUGGUAUUCAUAAUGCAACCACCUUUUCACAGUGGUUUACGUCUACACCAGGUAUCAACAUCCCUAUCCCCUUUGAUUUUGUAUUUGUCCAAGACCCAGUAACUGGAAUGUACACCUAUAUCAACGCUGCAUUCUUCCCAAUCAACGGUAUGGGAUGGGAUGCUCUAGGAUACCCAAUAUAUCAAGGUCAAAACUUCCAUUUCUGUCUCCAUUUCGUAUCAACCCUCCAAUUUACCGGUAGUGAAGUAUUCCAAAUCACUGGAGAUGAUGAUGUAUGGGUAUAUUUAAACAAUAGUCUAGCAUUGGAUCUUGGAGGAGUGCAUCCACCACAAUCUGGAAUCAUCUCCCUUGUUGGUUAUACCCCAGGUGUUCCAUUAAAAUUUGAUUUCUUUUAUUGUGAAAGACAUACUUCGGGAAGUAGUAUUAGAAUUCAGUCUAAUUUCGCUUUGGAAUGCCAGUUUUAUGAUUAUUGUGGAAUUUGUCAAGGUGAUGGAACCCAAUGUUGUACACCUUCUAUUCACUGUGACGACAUGAAACCAUGUACCAUAGACAGAUGCCCAGCUGUGGGAACACCAGGAGUCAACUCUACCAACUUUGGUGAAUUCUGUACACACCAAGAUAUUUCAUGUACCGAUCCCAAUGACAAAUGUAGUCGUAGCUCAUGUUUAAACAAUCAAUGUACUCCUGUUCCGAUGGUAUGUGACCCAGCCCCACCAUGCUUCAAUGUGACCUGUGACCCUUCGGCUGGAUGUAUUUACUCACCGAUCGUAUGUCCAAGCACUCCUUGUACAUCCAGUCUCUGUAAUGUCGAGACUGGCACAUGUGGGGAGCCAAUCCAAAGAAACUGUAGUGACACUGAUGAUUGCACUGUCGACUCUUGUGAUCCUAUUGUUGGAUGCAUGAAUGUCAAAAGGUUAUGUGACGAUGGAAACAUUUGUACCACUGAUACUUGCGUCAAUGGAUUAUGUGUCAACGUCCAAAAGGCAGUCUGCCCCUGCGUUUGCCCAGUCAACCUAUGCCAGGAUUUCGAAUGUUUCUCAAAUGGAACAGGUUGUGAAGUCACCUUGACACCCAUUGACGAUGGCCUUCGCUGCACAAUCGACUCUUGUAAUUUAGGAACUGGAGAGAUUACCCACAUACCCAUCAACUGUGUGCCUUCGAGUAGUUGCAAUACAUCUGCCUGUGAUGAAACCACUGGACAAUGUGUAGAGACACCCAUGGACUGUAACGACCUCAAUCCAUGCACCAACGAUCUCUGUUCCAAUGGUACUUGCUUACACACUAUGGUCACAUGUAACAACAACACCGACAAAUGUGUAGUUGGAACCUGUUCUGUUUCUAGUGGCUGCGUCUACAGUCCAAAAGAUUGUAAUAUAACAGAUCCUUGUGUUACAAGUGUUUGUAGUAAUGGACAAUGUAUCCACUACCCAAUCCAUUGCCCCCGAGGUACCGUUUGUGUUGGUGGAACCUGUAUGGUCAAUGUUGGACGAUCAUCUCCCCCCACCCCAUCACCUCCAACUGGGUGUGGUCAUUUAGACACUGGGUGUGAAUACUAUUUGUUAGACCCUAUCACCAUGGUAUGUGAACCACAUGAUGUCGUAUGUCAACAACCAGAUAACCCGUGUAACAUUUCAGUCUGCCACCCAAUCCUUGGAUGUCUCACCAUUCCAAACCCAGAUACCGAUUGGGAAGAUUGCCCAUUUACAUCUGGAUCAACCCUAACCGACGUCAGUGUUACCUCUGGCCUAUCCAAUUUCCAACUAUGUCUCCCCCAAUGCCGUAUCCAUGCUAAUGGAAGGGCAGAAGGAUGCAAAAAGGGAUACACCUGUGUCAAAAUGCCCUGUGGCUCAGCUCAAUGUGUCAAAGAUGAGGAUGACCUUCCACCAACUCCACCACCAACACCAUGUCCACCAAAAAAUUGUCAUCUCCCAUCUGAAGUGUGGCAUGACCAAGAAAAGGAUUUCAUCUAA